UGUGGAGCAAACAGAGCAGAGAGCAAUGGCGAGAACAGAACAAGACAACUGGUCCGAGGCAGUGGAAGAUCUCGUAACAUCCGGAGACACCGACGCAGCCAUAUCUCUCUUGGAGUCCGUAAUCUCCAAUCUCGGAACAAAUGACUCCCCCGAUUCUGCUCCUCAGUUGGGCUCUGCUCUCUCCGACUUGGCCCAGCCCUACUCCUCCAAAGGCUUCUCUCUCAAAGCUGACGACCUUCAGUCUCGCGCUUCCCUCAUCAAGCUUCGUCACUCUUCCUCCUCUUCUAGUGUUGCUACAGAGAAGCAGAGCUUGAUGCCCGGACAGAAUUCAACUGAUGGACAUAUUGAGAACUCAACGAAAUCGCAGGAACCUUCUACUUGCAAUGGGUCUUCGGAUGAUGAUUGGGAAGCUAUUGCAGACCGCACACCUGAUGAAUUAUCAUCACAAUCUUUGCCCGGAGUAUCAAAACUUUCUUUUGAAGAUACCAAAAUUCAAAUCCCUAAGCGGCGUGGAAGAGGAACAUUUGCAUACAAGAAAAAUGAACUUUACAGUGAUCAAAUAUCUAAUAAGAUAGUGGUUAAUAAUGCUAGCUUAGAGGAAGAAAAUGAGGGUCAUAAUUUGGAGGAAGGUGAAGAGACAAGAAAAUCAAAAUAUGGUACACACUACAUUCUUGUGUUAUCUGGCUUUCCACCAAGUACAAGAACGAUUGAGUUGGAGAAUCUUUUUGAGGACUUUAAAGAUCGUGGGGUUGUUAUUCGCUGGGUCAAUGAUACGGUUGCACUUGCAGUUUUCCGAACACCAGCAAUAGCACUUGAGGCUCGUAACCAAAUGCAAUGUUCUAUGACAGUUCGAGUGCUUGAUGAGGAUGAUACCCUUCUGAGCUCAAUUUCACUAAAAGAUCUAGAGCCUCCUCGCCAAAGGCCAAAAACAUCGGCAAGAACUGGGCAGAGGCUCAUUGCACAUGGAAUGGGGAUGAAAUUACCUUCAACUGCCUUCGGGUCUCCAGACUUGAAGAAACAGGAAAAUGAUCGAAGGAGCCGCAUAGUCACGAGGCAAAAAUUAAAAGAUGAUGCUUGGGGUGGGGAUGAAUAGUGAAUUAUUUUGGAAAUUAAAAAUAUUAAUCACUCCAUCUACUUGUAUGCAAUUUCGGACUGUAAAGUCUGCCAUUCAACUCUCUGAUUUCAGCAGUUGAAUUUCUGGGUAUUUAGCUUGCGUAUACUUCUCUAGAAAGUAUCAAUGAAGGGCCGAAAAGUUGCUUGUUUCUGUGGUCUA